UGCAAACAUAAAAACACCUGAAAGUGGGAGAAGAGGAAGUGAAGCUUUCUGGGCAGCCGCUAUUUUCUCAGCUUCACUUCUUUUUUUUUUUUUCUCGUAGAAACCCACUGUGGGAGAGUUAUUGGAGUUGACAAGCCCGCUUCACUACUGUAUCUACCCCCUCCUCUUCCUCUACCUCUUCCUCCUCCUCCUCCUCUCCCGCUCCACAGAACCAGGAAAUCGUCGAGGUGUGCUCCUUUAUCCCCACUACCCUGUUUGCGGCUUUAGAUGUACUGUUUCGCCCACCCCCUCCUCCUCUCCGCUUUUGGACGGUGUAGUUUUUUUUAUUUCAUCGCUGUGACUCUGUAAACACCGGGCUUCACCGCUGAAGUCAUCCGAAGUUGCCUUCCAGGAGAGGAGCUCCACUCUGGCCGAACAAUGAGUGAGUCGAGUAUUUGCCAGGCUCGGGCCACUGUGAUGAUCUACGAUGAUGGCAGUAAAAAGUGGCUCCCGGCAGGUACCGGACCCCAAGCCUUCAGCAGAGUCCAGAUCUUUCACAACCCUUCUAACAACGCCUUCCGGAUAGUCGGACGCAAGAUGCAGACAGAUCAACAGGUGGUUAUAAACUGUCCCAUUGUAAAAGGGCUCAAAUAUAACCAGGCCACACCCAAUUUUCACCAGUGGCGAGAUUCCAGACAAGUUUGGGGGCUCAACUUUGGCAGCAAAGAAGAUGCUGCUCUGUUUGCCAAUGGCAUGGCUCACGCUCUGGAUGUCAUCAACUCCAUGGCAGAUGCAGGUUAUGCAACCCUCCCCCGCCCAGUGUCAAAUGGACCUUCUCCUGAAGAGCUCGAACAGCAGAGGAGGCUGGAGCAACAGAGGCUUGAACAGCAGGAACGAGAGCGACAGGAGAGAGAGCGGCAGGAAAGAGAACGACAAGCCGCUGCAGCCCAUGUCCCUCCAGCUCCACCAAUGGCUCCUGGAGGUCCAGCUCCUCCUCCAGCUCCUCCACCGCCCCCCGGCCCACCCCCGGCGGCAGGCAUCCCUCCUCCUCCUGGACCGCCUCCAGCAGGACCGCCACCAGCUCCACCGCUGCCCACUCCAGGUGGAGGUGGAGGUGGAGGUGGCGGUGGCGGAAAUGACGGUGGCGGUGGAGGAUUAGGAGGAGCUGGAGGUUUGGCAGCUGCCCUUGCAGGAGCUAAACUCCGCAAAGUGUCCAAGCAGGAGGAUGGUGGUUCUGCAGCUCCACCAGCCAGAACAGAGUCAAACCGCGUCAGCAAUUCCUCCAUGGGAGGGGGAGGCGGCGGCGGCGGCGGUGGAGGAGGAGGAGGAGGAGGAGGAGGGGGUCUGAUGGGUGAAAUGAGUGCCAUUCUGGCACGCAGGAGAAAAGCUGCAGAUACAGGAGAGAAGCCUCCCGUGAAGACACAAGAUAACGAUGAUUCAGAGCCUCAAGGUCAAAAUGAUUCACUAAGACGACCUUGGGAGAAAUCGUCCAUGACUAGGAAUAACUCCAUCCCCAAGAGCAUGGACACCACUUCCUCAGUGUCCCAAGCUCCAAGGGCGAAGAGUGCAAGCAAUAAUAAUGAUGCAGGUGGAACUGAUGGCUCUGAUUUAGACAACCUUAAACAGGAGAUCCUGGAGGAGGUGCGGAAAGAAUUACAAAAAGUCAAGGAGGAAAUUAUUGGAGCCUUUAUUCAGGAACUUCAAAAGAGAAGCACAUAGUUCUGCUGAGUUGUCUGGUUGAAGCGAGGGGUUGUGAUGCGACUUGACCUUCCAGGAAGGACGCAACUCAAAAGCCUUCACUGCUGCAAAAAAGAGGAAGAGGAGUCGAGCAAAAGGGAAUCUAUUGGACGAGCCGAGUGCUGUGAAAGAAGAGUGUGUUGUAGUUUUAUCAUUUGUGAGAACUUUUUCUCUUUGCAUUGCACUUGUUCUGGAGGAGGUGUGUCUGCACCACACUGCCUUGAUAGACUAUCCCCUCUCACUCAAAACGAGACAUUAUCUGUCAGCCAAUGCAGUGGUGGUCCUACUGUCUGCUGUGCUUCCGCCAGUUAUUUUGCUUUCAUUACAGAUGUUUUUUUUUUAUUUUAUUUUAUUUUUAUUUUUGAAACAUGAGAAAAUGGCCAUAAUGAGGUCAAUUAAUUUGGCCGUGACCAACUGCCUUGAGAAUAAAUCUAUAUAUAUAUAUAAAUAUAUAUAUCUAUAUAUAAGGAAUUAUAUAUAUUUGUUUUGAGGGAAAAUGUUAGCAAAAAUUGAAAUGGUGUUUCUAUUUUAAUUGACUGGUGAGUGGGGAUUUCUUUUUCCUUUUCUUUUCAAUGAUUGUUUUUUUUCUUAUGAAAUGUUUUUUUGGGGGGGUUUUCCUUUUUUUUCUAAUAGUCUAGACAUUUUACACUGAAAUAUAAAGAAAACAGCUUAGACACUGGACUAGCAAUGCCUUUAUAGUCAAAUACAGCUGCUUCUUAAAAUUCA